AUGUAUCAAUAUCCAGCUCCACCAGCUGGAUGUUCUUUUUACGAUUACGCUACCGUUCUCCCUGCCCAUUACGCCUACUAUCCCUCCAAUUUCGGAACACCACAUGUCUCUCGUCCGAAACGACAGGCUCAUUGGGCCAGUUACUCCGCUGCAAAGGACUCCUCGGGUGGCUGGCACUCCAUGCCACCAGGUUACGCAAGCUACUAUGAUGCGGUGCACAGCUAUCCUUCGCCUCCGCACAAGCACGAAAAAGUAAGUGCUUUUUACGGCGAAAGCCACUACAAGGCAGCCGGAGGGAGAGCGCCUCGCCGCCCUUCCAUGCCAUCAGCAUCUGGAGAUCCCUUCUAUUCUUAUCACCAGCCCGCCUCGCCUCUCCAAUCGCAGAAACGACCCUUCUUCAACGUUGUGGUUGACAAUGCUUUCGAUACGCUGCCGCGCUCUGCCACCCAUGUGCCUCCCAGGUACAGUCGUGCAUCGGCUUGGGCUGGUGGUCGUCGUCGUUUCGAUGACGGCGCCGGGACGCCCGCCAGGCAGAACGCCGGGCAAUAUCAAUUUUAUCGUAAGCAAAAGCCAACCACUGAUCAGUCUUUCUACUACAACCAGGUUCCCGUCUAUAAUGCGACAGACUCUGCCAUGCGCUCUCGAGCCCGUCGCGCCUCAACAUCUACCCGCAUCCCACAAAAACCUAAACCCACCUCCAGCCUGCCCAAACACCCCAAAGCUACCGAAGCUGACGCUAUUCGAAAUGGUAUCCCGGAUGGAUAUUCAAUAAAAAACUGGGAUCCCUCCGAAGAGCCCAUCCUUCUUCUCGGUAGUGUUUUCGACGCCAAUUCUCUCGGUAAAUGGAUCUAUGACUGGACCGUCUUUCAUCAUGGCGCCUCUGCACCCAUGGCCGAUGUUGCUGGCGAUCUGUGGCUUCUCCUCAUCAAGUUGGCUGGUAAAGUGAAACGGGCGCGGGAAUGUGGGUCGCGCAUUCGCAACGCUGAGACGCGCGAGAUGGUUGAGGAUUUUCUUGAUGGCGGCGAGCGAUUGUGGGAUCGGUUCGAAAAGCUGCUUAAGGCGUGCGAGCAUUUUAUGUGGAAGGCUGCAAAGCGGGAAACCGGCAGAUGUGGGCCGGUUAUGAUGGGCCGCAAUGCCGGCUGUGAGUUUGUCGAUUCGAUCUUUGGCCGUGAUCGGGAGUUGGAGAAUACGGAGAGAUUGAUGAAUAGUAUUCGUCUGUGGGAUAUGAGGUUCGAUGCCAAUUGUGAUGAGAUUUUGCGCAGGAUGACUGCCGGCUAG